AUGUUCAGAUAUCGAUCAGUUUUAUUAAAAGCGAAUAUAACGAGUGACUUACCCACAGAAGUUAUUCAGAAUAUGCUUUCAAAGGUGGAAGUUGAACAUUUUAUGACCGGCGAUUGUAUUAUAAAAUCUGGAAGGAUUGGAACUUGUAUGUAUUUCAUCGUAACCGGAACAGUGGCCAUUUACACUUACUUUGGCGUAGAGAUGUGUCAUUUGUAUGAUGGAGCUCAUUUUGGUGAAAUGGCUCUUCUAUUAGAACAACGUAGAGUAACUACUGCAAUUGCUUUAGAACCGUGCGAACUAUGUAGAUUGAACAAAAGUGAUUUUUACGAAUGUUUAAGUCGGGAAUCUGGAGUUUUUCAAAAACUAGUGUUAGGAGCCAAAGAAGGGAUGAAAACCGUCAAAGUGUUAAAUGAAAUGCAUCGUGCUGAAUUAGAAAAGUGGACUUUAAUGCAAAUCUUCUAUAUGGAGUUAAAUUUAAACAAACAUAAUCCUACAAGAGCAUCUGAUUACAUCGAUCUACCGUCGCAAAUAAAAAAUGGUCAUGAAAUGGAUCCCGGUCAAUCUGUGUUGGGAAGAAUGAAAGAUGAAUAUCCAAAUAGGUGCUUAACAUCAUUUGUUGGAACAGGAACCAAAGCGUACAGCAUCACCUUACAUGGUGAUAAUGUAAAAAAAGCUAAAGGAGUAAAGAAGUAUGUUAUAGAUAAAGAUUUGAGUGUAACCGAGUAUAAAAGGGUGGUUGAAUGUGGCGGAUCGAUUCAUAAAACAUUGGCAAUUAACGAUCACGAAAAAACAAAAACCGCAAAUCAGGCCGAAAAGCGUAUUCGGGGGGCAAAUUUUAAACCUGAAGAAAUAACACUUUUACUUGACUUGGUGGCGGAUCAUAAAAAUGUCCUCGAAAAUAAAAAUAGCCACGUUAGUACGUGA